UGCUCGUUCAUUCGCUCAUGUAGUUAUUUAAACGCGCCCUCGGUGGUAAAGUUGUUCAGAUUGUACUAUUCGCUGCUCAUUAAGUAUGGACGCGUUCAAAGUAGUUUGCAUUGUUUGCGCUCUUGUUGGAGCUUUCGCAGCCGUGUCCGAGGCAAUCAAAUGCUACCAUUGUACUUUUACGGCAGACUGCGAAGAUGAUUUUAAGAAAAAAGACCACACGCCUGUUGAAAACUGCACUCAAUGCACGAAAACAAAAACAGUGAAUGACGGAAAACAGUCCGUUGCAAGGAUGUGCAUGCCGUCCAAAGGUGGAGAGAACAAAUGCGAUGAAAAGGAGCAAAGUGGCGCAGAAGUGACCAAUUGCUGGUGUGACACGGAUCUUUGUAAUGGAACACCGCGCGUGACCGUCACGGUCUUCACCUUGGUAACAGUCGUGCUAGUCGCUCUCAAAUUUAUGUAAUGGGAAUAUGGCAGGAGAUUUUAGAUUUCCAUUAUACACGUACAGGCGUUCAUAGCGAUGAAGACUUUAUUACAAUUUUGUUUUUCUUACAUUCUUGUAUGUGCUUACAGUAUAAUAUUAUAUUAAGUUCAACUGGAUUUCUAGCAAUUGUUUUGUAUAAUCCACAAAAUAUUUCUGACAGAUAUAAAAUUUUGACUGCUCGUAAUUUAAAUUCAAUUCGCAUUUAAAACCAAGUACAUUCUUUUAAUACAUAUUGUUUACAGAAGAUAACUUCAUAGAUUUACUAUAAUUGCAAUAUAGAGCUUUACAUAUUGUGUUCCAUUUGUAUUUUUUAAAAUAAGACCAGAUAAAUUAAUAUUGAUUUUUCGCAUAGAUAAUCUAACACUUUAUUUUCUCGUUUGAAUGAGGGCAUUUGUGAGUGAUAAUAUUACAAGACAAUGCAUGUAUAUUUAUUAAAAUAUGUUUCCUCACUUGACAUUUAAAGAUGCACGCUUACUCCCAAAUAAUAUAUACCGCAAUUAAAACAAGUGUUCUAAUAUACCAAAAAGGAUGAUUAAAUGUCGAAAACAAUGGUUCUUAUGAAGGAUACCGAGUUAAAAUUGAAAGAAAUGUGCAGUUAAGGUAUUUCAACCGACGAUUGUAGAUCACAGUAAAUAUUUUAGCACUCACAAAUCAUUUAAUAAUGCGUUUUCAGCUAUUAAAAACACGGCUACAAUAUUGUUAUCAAUGAUUAAUAUGUUUCUAUAAAUGAAUUAUUAAGUAAGUAGCUAAAGUUUUAUCGCUUAAAAUGUAUGUUUUAUUCAUUUUGGAUAAGAGUGUUGUACAUUAACCACAGUUUCCUUACUUCAUCUGUUAUUUUGGACGUAUUUCGACCAAAUGUUAGCAUGAAUUGAAAACCGCUGCAAUGUUACAAGUGAGUUUUGUUGAAACCAUCUAUUGGUGUAGUUGAAGCAUUUUACCACUGCUUAUGAAGCUACCGGCUUCAAAUUUUUGAAACAUCUUAAGCUUAACAGGCUUAUGUAGCUUAUUCCAAUAUGCCGCAUACUUCAAUUUGAUUUCAAAUUAUGAAAAAAUGGUCGAUUGUGAUUAUUUUAAUGAUAAUGCAUUUUUUAAGAAUAACGUUCUGAAAUAAGUAAAUAGUACGCAAAUUGUAGGAAAAACUUAAAACAACAACGUUUUCUUAAUCCUGCUAAAAAGGACUUAAGAUGUUUCGAGACUUUUUUUUCAAAAUUGGAAAUUGUUUGUUAAAAUGAUUUGUAUUCCAAUGAUUCAUAGAAACAUGACCAAAACCAACCACAAGACCAUUAAUGCGUUUAUUGGUUGCAUUUUCUUCUCCCGUUUUUCAUUAUUAAUAUUAUUGUUGUCUCCAUGUUCGUUCACUUGACGAAAUUGUAUGAAUGUUCUGAAAGGAUGUGUGUAAUCGAUGCUUUUUUCGUAAAAAAUAAAAAUAAUACUUUG